UUCCAUCCAAAAUUUUCCCUUUCCUUUAUCCUUUCAAGCAGUAAUUUUUACACAACAUUUCGCCAUUCCAAAAUCAAUUUUAUAUAUAAAUAGAUGUAUAUGCACCACAAUUAAGAUAUAGUGUUCAUUGUUUUCUCUAGGUUGGAUAUGGCUAGGAUUCUGAUUCCGGCGAGGUUUGAGAGAGUGGCUGCGGCCUUUGACGCUGACGUGGCGGCGCGCAUGGGGCUCUGCGAGAGCAGCGGGAGCGAGCACUCUCUGGUGAGUUCCAUUGAUUUGUCUGAUAUGGUGAAGUCCUUCUUGGAGAGGAAUGGUGAAGAGAAGGAUCAUGGCAAAAUGGGUGAUGAAGAAGAGAAGGUUCAAACAUCAUCGCAGCUCUCCUAUUGUGAGAAAAGGGAUAUGUUGCAAGCUCUUCUUGCUUGUGGCGAUUAUGAAAGGGACAUGAUUAGAAGAGAGGCUGAGAUUGCUUGUGCAGUUGUUGGGGUCACUUCUUCCACGGAUUUCAAACGCAAAUUGAUGUCUCGCUUGAGGAAAAAUGGUUUGGAUGCUGGGCUUUGCAAAUCCCGGUGGGAGAAAACUGGAAGAUUAAAGUCUGGUGACUAUGAGUAUAUUGAUGUCAAUUUCUCAGGAGAGCGAUACAUAGUUGAAGUCUUCCUUGCAUCUGAGUUCGAAAUCGCUCGCCCAACCAUUCAAUAUUCAUCCUUGCUACAAGUUUUCCAGCGUAUAUUUGUUGGCAAAGUGGAAGAACUGAAGCAAGUUGUGAAGCUUAUGUGCAGUGCCAUAAAGGGAUCCAUGAAAACAAGGGACCUGCAUAUUCCUCCAUGGAGAAGAAAUGUGUACAUGCAAGCCAAGUGGUUCAGCUCUUACAAGAGAACAACAAAUGCUGUUUCAACUAGAAAUGCAUCAUCAAAUUUGUCUUCAGAGUCUCUUGUAACUCCUUUAAGACCCAUUAGAUUUGAAGCAAGGCCCGUGAAAGCACAAAAUUGUAAGGUAGAUUAUUAUGUCAAUAAAACUGGAUUCAGAAUCAGCCAUUUGACAGCUGCACUUAAUUCCGAUGCCCUUGGGAUGUAAUCAUAAAUACAUCGGCUUCUAUGAAUUUUUUUAAUGUACUUAUUUUAGGUAACCAGAGUUGAUAUCCAUUGUUUUUUUUUAAAAAAAAAUACUUUAGGCCAGGGCAUAAAAAGUGCAUAACAAACUUCUUAUGCAUUGAUCUUACAUAUUUUUGCCAACUAGCAAGGAAUACGAUAGCAUUUAGUUUCCUUUAGAUAAUUUUUAUUCUGAAAUUCAAUAUCAUUAUAUAGUAUAGAACUGGAUUCUUAGGAAAGGGAGAGGAUCUGUAUUAUGUAGUGUCAAAAAUCCAUUUAGCAUAUUUUAUGAAUUAAGUGGUCCAUAAAAGUGAAAGGGAGAGGAUCUGUAUUAUGUAGUGUCAAAAAUCCAGUUAGCAUAGUUGAUGAAUUAAGUGGUCCAUCAAAGUGAAUUUAAGGUAACAACUAACAAGCGAAUCAUGAAAAUAAAUACAAUCUUUCUUCAUCUCCACUUUAGAGAGAAUAAAGUUUUCAAGAGAAACAGAGUCCCCAACUAUACAAGUGUAACUGCAAUAAAUUUGAACUCCAUACAUAAAAUAAAAUAAUAAAAAUUCAAAUAUAACAGGUAAACUUUUUAAACAAUGCAACUUUCUUGAGACUCGAGAUGCUUUCAAUAUUUCAAUAUUCUGGGAACAGAAAUGAAAGAACACAGAAGCAUAUGUAGUCACCGUUAGACGCAACCAGCUGGAAAAUUCGAAGCAGAUUGCCUGGAAAGUGACCCUUUCGAGAAAACAAAAGUGUGUUCAAUGUAAGAGAAGGGUCUUCAAGAAAAUAAAGCCAAAAUCCAAAGCUAUCUCCUUCUUCUCCCCUUCUCAUUUAUCACAAAUCAAAAAGGGGUUUAAAAAACCUAGAAUUUCAAAUGCAACACAAACAGAAUGUGGGAAGCUCGGUAAGCAGAUGUGUCGACGGAGACCCAAAAAUUGGAUCUAACAACAACCGGCCAGUUAGCUUCCCUAACCGAAUUUCUUGAUUUGGCUACAGCCACCAUGGCACA